ACCAUUGCUAUACUAGUGCAAAGUGUUGUGCAAUUAAAAGUCGUCGUUAAUGGAAGUCUUGAAGAGGAGAGCAUUUUCUCUGUGGCCGCCAUCUCGUCGGAGUGGUGCUGCUUUUUUCACCUCCAAACCUUAUUCAACCGUGUCUUCACCACAAACCCCCUGUUCAAGAACAGAACGAGAGGCAUUCCGGCAAGCUGUUGUUAACACACUAGAGCGCCGUCUGUUUUACAUCCCUUCCUUCAAAAUAUACGGUGGUGUUGCUGGACUUUACGAUUAUGGCCCACCUGGUUGCGCUGUCAAGGCCAACGUCCUUGCCUUUUGGCGUCAGCAUUUUGUACUUGAAGAGAACAUGUUAGAAGUUGAUUGCCCAUGUGUUACGCCAGGCAUUGUACUGGAGGCAUCCGGUCAUGUCGAUAAGUUCACUGACCUUAUGGUCAAAGAUGAAAAAACAGGAGCUUGUCACCGAGCAGAUCAUUUGCUCAAGGAUUUCUGCAAAGACAAACUAGAGAAAGACCAUGAACUUAGCAUAGAGAAGGCAGCCGAACUGAGACACAUUCUCGCUGUUUUGGAUGAUUUCUCUGCAGAGGAGCUUUGUGCGAAGAUUAAGGAGUACAGCAUUACUGCUCCGGAUACUAAGAACGCUCUCUCAAACCCGUAUCCUUUCAAUCUAAUGUUUCAGACAUCAAUUGGGCCAUCUGGAUCCAGCUCUGGGUACAUGCGUCCGGAGACCGCUCAAGGUAUAUUUGUGAACUUUAAGGACUUAUACUACUAUAAUGGCAACAAGCUUCCUUUUGCAGCUGCACAGAUUGGUCAAGCUUUCAGAAAUGAGAUUUCUCCAAGGCAAGGCCUUUUAAGGGUCCGUGAAUUUACGCUUGCUGAGAUCGAACAUUUUGUGGAUCCUAAACACAAGUCCUUUCCUAAAUUUUCCGAGGUUUCAGACUUGGAAUUAUUUAUAUUCCCAAGAGAAGACCAGAUGUCUGGACAACCAACAAGAAGGUUGACUAUUGGCGAAGCAGUUUCUCAGGGGAUCAUCGAUAAUGAAACACUUGGUUAUUAUAUUGGGAGAGUAUACUUGUUUUUAACGCAACUUGGAAUUGCAAAAGAUCGUCUGCGUUUCCGCCAACAUCUGGGAAAUGAGAUGGCACACUAUUCCGUAGACUGUUGGGAUGCUGAAAUAGAAAGCUCUUAUGGUUGGGUUGAGUGUGUUGGAAUUGCCGAUAGAUCAGCAUAUGAUCUGCAGGCUCAUGCUGAUCGAAGCAGUGUACCCUUGGUGGCAUACGAAAAGUAUGAACAGCCUAGAGAAGUCGAGAAACUCACCGUAGUUCCUGUUAAAAAGGAACUAGGUCUUGCCUUCAAAGGUGAUCAUAAGAUGGUGGUGGAAGCAUUAGAGGCGAUGGGCAAGGAAGAAGCAAUGGAGAUGAAAGCGAAUUUGGAAGGAAAAGGAGAAGCCACCUUACGUGUUUGUGCUCUUAACAAAACUGUGACUAUAAAGAAUAGUAUGGUGUCCAUCUCCAUAGAGAAGAGAAAGGAACAUCAAAGGGUUUUCACACCAUCGGUCAUCGAGCCAUCAUUUGGAAUUGGAAGGAUCAUAUACUGUCUUUAUGAGCACUCUUUUUACAUGAGGCCUAGUAAAUGCGGCGAUGAGCAAGUGAACGUCUUCCGUUUCCCUCCACUGGUAGCUCCCAUCAAAUGCACAGUGUUUCCCCUCAUUCAGAACCAAGAAUAUGAGGAAGUUGCUAAGCAGAUCGCCAAGUCACUGACGGCUUUUGGGAUUUCGUACAAGAUUGAUGUAACAGGUACCUCUAUAGGAAAGAGAUAUGCUAGAACGGAUGAGCUUGGAGUUCCUUUCGCCAUUACAGUCGAUUCUACGUCCUCUGUCACUGUUCGAGAAAGAGAUAGCAAGCAGCAGAUUCGUGUGAACGUGGAUGAGGUGGCAUCCGUGGCCAAGCAACUGACUGAUGGCUCGGUCACGUGGGGUGGUAUUUUGUUGAGGUAUCCAACUCAUUCGCCGUGACCAACACUGAGUUGGUUUGUUAGGUAGGCCUAUCAUACAAUCCUCACUGAAUGUUAGUACUAUCAUUCUUUUACCUCUUUCACACAAUAAUAGUGACAUUCUUUAUUUAA